AUGGUUUCUGAAUUUGAAAAGAACAUUAAACCAUUUCUUAAACAUAAAGGCAGGCCACUUCACCAGUACAAAAUACUUGAAGAUACUUUUAAAUCCAACAAAGCAGCUAUUCACAUGGACUUUAGUGGAAACUACAAUAUAAAGUAUGCUGAGGAGGUUCAAGCAUUCCAUUUUGGAGGUUUACGGAAGCAAAUAUCUCUACAUACCCUAGUUGUGUAUACUAAACAACAUAAUAAUGUAAAGAAAGAGUGUUUUUGUACAUUAUCAGUAUCUCUUCUUCACAAUGUUUGUGUCAUUUGUACACAUCUAAACCCUAUAAAAUAUCUCAAUAAUGUCUAUUCUGUGGAUGUUCUUCAUUUUAUCAGCGAUAAACCGGUAACGCAAUUCCGCAAUAAAACAGUGUUUUAUUUUCUAUCUAGUGUACUUCCAAAAUUACAUCCAAAGAUCAAGAACUUUACUUGGAAGUACUUGGAAGCUCGACACGGUAAAGGGGCACCCGAUGGCGUCUGUGGAUUUACAAAAAGAACACUAGACAGGUUGUUAGCACAAGUAACUGAUAUUGUUGAUUUAAAUUAA